AUGGGAUACCAUAGGGUGCAUUCUAGAGGAUCUUACAAUUUGCUUUACAAACUUCGCUACAAAGCUCGCCAUGAAGGAGUACUUUACGAUAGACUUUACGAAAACAAUGGUAUAUGGUGUCAUGUAUGGCAAGGACAUGGUUUCAUGCAUCACCAAGUGUUUGAUGUUUGCGAUGGCGAGCAAUGGGAAGCUAGAGAAGAUGGAAUCUAUCGUCAGUCUGCGUUGAUGUACGCUUGGGAUACUACUAUAUCAAAAGCUUAUUCGUUGGGAUCGACGGGACAAACCCGCGAGUAA